AUUUGGGGCAGCAGGUUAGGCCAUGCUGGCAAUUUUGACAUAUAUUUUAGCUGAAAGUAGGCAACACGGUUGGUUGUAAAAAUAUAUAGGUAUGCUAGAGACUGUAAGCGAGUUGGUAACGUUUCACACAUUGCGUUUUGUUUUGCUUUUAAAUUAGGCUUUUAAAUUAGGCUUUUAAAUUAGGCUGUGAGGACUGACUAACGACGUAAAUCGUGUAAGACACAUUUUUACGGAUUUUUAAAAGAAAGAAAAUAUUUCAACAGGUUACAGUUGAUUGAUCCCCUGUUAACCCUCCAGAUACUGAGCGAAAAAACAUCGCCAAAGUCACGGACAACCACACACUUCUAGGGCACCGUAGGCUACGUAAGCUGUAACAGCGCUGUCGCUUGCUAAUAUUCAGAAUAAUUAUUCAGAUCGGCUGAAUGUAGCUUAGGUAUUGUCGAUGUUAAUGAUAUGCAAUUCAUUGACAAAUAAUAAAAAGAGUGAGGUGAUUUAAUAAGCGCUAGAACCGUCUGGCUAUUGUAGGCUACAUCGCCAAGUUUCCACGGCUCCCGCGUGCGCGUGCUAUCCCUAAACUCCAGUGGAAGGGAGGAUAAGCGGUUCUUCCUGCUAGACACCAGGUUCUUCCACUCCUUUUCUGUCACUAGAGUGGGGAUGUCUCUUGUCUGACUGCUAUCUACUGAUCUAAUAGCUCGGCUCAUUCCAACUGACCCCUGACCCCCGGACACACGCCCACCCGGCCACCCUCAAUCAUGGAGGACUAUGACGUGCGGUCGGCCGCCAGCAUCCUGGCCUCAGUGAAAGAGCAGGAGGCGCGCUUCGAGCGUCUGACCCGGGCCCUGGAGGAGGAGCGCCGCCACGUCUCCCUGCAGCUGGACCGCUCCAACGCCCCCCCCACCGGGUCCAGCGUGCCCCCCAACAGUCAGCCCCUGGCCUGGCAGCAGGUGGUGAUGCAGGAGCAGAGCCCCAGUAACCAGACCUCGCUGGCCAUGAUGCAGGAGCCCCAGGAGGUGGUGGAGGAGACGGUCACCAUUGAGGAGGACCCCGGCACACCCACCUCUCACGUGUCCGUGGUCACCUCAGAUGACGGCACCACCCGCCGCACAGAAACCAAGGAUAUGUCAACUAACCUGAAGGUCACUAAGAUGGUGAAGACGGUGACCACGCGGACGGUUCGCCAGGUGCCACUGGGCCCCGACGGUCUACCCCUGCCCGAGGGUUCCUCCCCACUGGGCAGCUACACCGACUCCAUUGACCGGCGCUACCUGAAGAAUGGCGAGCGCUACAUCACCACGCCACAGGCUACUUCCACACUCACGCGCUCCUACAACAACUACAAUGACUCCUACAGCGACACCCCCCCCCCAGACGCCGGCGGCAGUCAGUACGGCGGGCGCCACUACGGCCUCCACGACGGCUACGGCAUCGGAGACGUGACGGACAACUAUGGCAGUCUGUCGCGCGGCGGCAACUUUCGGCCACCCCGCUACCCCUACGCCAUGGCUAACAGCUACCGGCCGGAGAACAGCUACGUGACCUUGCCCAUCCGCAAGGACGACUACGGCCACAUGGCCCAGCCCCAGGUGCCCAUGGGCAGCAGCAGUGUGGACCUGAACCGGUCCCAGCCGGAGCGCUUCCAGCCGGAGCCCUACGGCCUGGAGGAUGACCGCCGCAGCCUGGGCCCCGAGGAAGAGGAGCCCUAUGACCUGGAGCCUGAUUACUCCACCGCCGGCCGACGCCAAGGCACGCUGCCGGGCACCAACCGCGGCAGGACCAUGAGAGAGCCGCUUCGCGACGGGCCACGCGCCAGGGGCUACGAGGACCCCAUAGAGGCAGAGCUGAUUGACGAGCGACACCCGUACAUCCAUGGCAUGUACGCGGCCCCCCUGGCCCAGCCUGAGAGGGGCAGCAUGGCCAGCCUGGACCGUCUGGCUGGCCGGCGAUCCCCGUCCAUCGACAGCAUUCGCAAGGACCCUCGAUGGCGCGACCCUGACCUGCAGGAGGUCAUCGCCAUGCUGGGCCACCCCAUCGACCCUGUCAAGUCAAAUGCAGCCGCCUACCUGCAGCACCUGUGCUACGAGAACGACAAGAUCAAGAAGGACGUUCGCCAGCUGAAGGGCAUCCCGGUGCUGACUGGGCUUCUGGACCACCCCAAGGCAGAGGUCCACCGCAAGGCCUGCGGAGCCCUGAGGAACAUCUCCUAUGGCAAGGACCACGACAACAAGGUGGCCAUCAAGAACUGUGAUGGAAUCCCAGCUCUCAUCCGCCUGCUGAGGAAGACCAAUGACAUGGAGGUCCGCGAGCUCAUCACAGGUACUUUGUGGAACCUGUCUUCCUAUGAGCCUCUGAAGAUGGUGAUUAUAAACCACGGCCUACAGACCAUGACCAACGAGGUCAUCAUCCCCCACUCAGGCUGGGAGCACGAGCCUAAUGAGGACUCGAAGCCCCGAGACGCGGAGUGGACCACCGUCUUCAAAAACACCUCUGGCUGUCUGAGGAACGUGAGCUCAGAUGGGGCCGAGGCGAGGCGUAGGCUGAGAGAGUGUGAGGGUCUGGUGGACGCCCUGCUCCAUGCCCUGCAGUCAGCUGUGGGGAAGAAAGACAUGGACAACAAGUCUGUGGAGAACUGUGUGUGUAUCAUGAGAAACCUGUCCUACCACGUUCACAAAGAGAUCCCUGGGGCCGAGAAGUUUACCGACCCGUCAGCGCUGCAGGCCCCUGGCUCCGCAGGACCUCAGAGGAAGAAGAAGGAUGACGCAGGCUGCUUUGGAGGGAAAAAGGCCAAAGAGGAAUGGUUUAAUCAAGGCAGAAAAAACGGAGAGAAUGACAAGAAUUAUGACACGCUGGAUCUCCCCAAGCGCACAGAACCCACUAAAGGAUUCGAGCUGUUGUACCAGCCGGAGGUGGUGAGGCUGUACCUGUCCCUGCUUACUGAGAGCCAGAACUACAACACCCUGGAGGCUGCCGCGGGUGCCCUGCAGAACCUCAGUGCCGGACAGUGGACCUGGUCCAACUACAUCCGGGCCACGGUGAGAAAGGAGAAGGGCCUUCCCAUCCUGGUUGAGCUGCUGCGUUCUGACUCUGACAAGGUGGUACGAGCCGUGGCCAUCGCCCUGCGCAACCUCUCCAUCGACCGCCGAAACAAGGACUUGAUUGGAAGCUAUGCCAUGAGGGACCUGGUGAGUAAUCUUCCCAGCGGUCAGCAACGGCCAGCGAAGAACCUGGAGGAAGACACAGUGGUAGCCAUUCUCAACACCAUCCACGAGAUUGUGACGGACAGCUCAGAGAACGCGCGUUCCCUCAUCCAAGCCCAGGCCAUCGAGAAACUGGUGGCCAUCAACAAGACCAGCCAAUCAUCACGCGAGAACAAGGCUGCCUCCCAUGUGCUUCAGACGGUGUGGAGCUACAAGGACCUAAGGAACGCCCUGACCAAGGACGGAUGGAACAAGAGCCACUUCCAGCCUACAGCCACCAGCGCCCCAAAAGCUGCCAAGAACGGCAAGCCAGGCUACGACGACACCACUCUGCCCCUGAUGGAGAAGAACCAAGGUCAGUCUGGGAUGGCAGGCGAGACUGGGGAUCCUCCGGGCCUUGCCUACUGUGGUGAACUGAAUGGCUACUCCACCAUCGACCAGAGAGACAAGGACUGCAAGUACAAGAGUGCUGGCGAUGGGUCCGUGGACCUGGCAGAACGGGAGCCAUUAAAGAAUGACACACAUAGGAAACACUAUAUCAGGAGUAACAGGCCUGCUGUCAGUCUCCUGGAUGCCUGUGAUGUUAAACCUCAGCCUGUUGACUCCUGGGUCUAAAUGCAUGCAUGGCUUAAAUAAAGAGAGGACGAUCUCCCAUGUCAUCACUGCCAUAACACAUGGAGCUCAUUUAGAUGUUGACCUGUCAGCAGUUACUUUGGAAAAGAACAAAGAAAAAAUAUCAACUAAAACAACAACACUAAAACGAUCAUCGUAAAGCCAAUAUUUCAUGCUUUUGAUUCAGCAAAUGAAAUUACAUAGAAAAAAGAAAAAAAGAAAAGAAAAACAACUACUUCUAGUACUUCUCAUAUCUACAUUCCCACUGGAAGGACAGACGCUGUGACCAUAACAGCAAGGACUCUUGACUGGAGCAGCUCUGGCAUUAGGCUUGAAGAAUGGAGGCGGGUCUCCUCAUAGAGAUGACUGUUCAAUAUCUCUUUAAGGUUACUGUAAGGAUGACAGGCGGUGUGAAACAUAAGAGUUUGUUAGGAGGAAAGAAAUUAUUUUGGAAAGGAUGGUGGAGGAAGAGACAGAACUUUAUUAUUUAGUUUUCAUGUCAAAAUUGAGACUUUUUUUUUUGUUGUCAUAAAAUGUCUUUUGUUUUAGUUUUUUUUUUUUUUUGGUCUUUUUCCAUUUUUGUUUGGGUUUUUCAUAUUGAAGAAGUUUGGAAUGGUGUGGUAGAUGGUUGAUGAAUGUCGGUUUGGUUUGACGUUGGGAACUUGAUGCUUGAGGGGCACUUUAAGGGGCUGUAGCUGACUCUACAAGUAUGCUUUUCACAUGCAAUAGUUCUCAUAAACACAUUUUGCAUACAAUGGUUCACUGUGUUUAUUUUUGUGCACUGGGAACAUUGCUGUGCAAAGCAUAAUAGAGCUGACUGGGUGCUGAUGAACACUAAUUUCCCACGCCUGCAAGUGUUGAUUGGAAUUAUGGAAGUGGAUAUUACAUGUACAUUUGGUUGGGUUCAUUUUGGUUUGCUCAAACAAAAUGAGAAAAACAAAAUAAAAAUAUAUUUUCAGAAUUGAUACAUAUUAUAGAUAUUAAUGUGUUUGCUUUAGAUACCGAAUGAAUUACCAGGUUGGUUGCUGUUUGUCAUUGACACGUAUGUAUUAAGUUGAAGAGGAUAUAAGACAUUUUGUUUAUAAAUGGACUGUGUUAAUGAAAGAUGGCAAAGGGUUAUGUUGUCAAAGGGUAGAACCUAAAAGCAUUUUAUAUUUUUGUUGAUUUUAUAAAUGUAUAUUAGGGUCAAAUAACUUUAAAAAGGAAAAAUACAACAAAAAAAUACAAACUUCUUAGUGUGCUCAUAACAGGUUGUUUGGGAAGCACAUUCAUUGGAUAAAGGAUCACCAUGUUUGUAAGCAGAAAUAACCACAACUUAGGUGUCUAUCAAGUCAGUAGACUCAUGCUGAUCACAUAUUUAUAUUUUGUAAUGUCAAGAAAAAAAGUCUCUACAGCUUUCCUUAUAAAGGCAAGUCGAGCCAAUGACUCAGUCUUCAAAACAUAAAAGGAGACAGGAGUGAGAAAGUGAGAGAGCGAUGGAGAAGAAUGGAGACAGACAGAGAAGGAGAGCGUAAGUGGACAGUUGAGCAGGGGUCAGUGGAGAUAGGACAUGAGGGAAGAUGGAGGGUAGAUGCAACAGGGAUAGACAGAAACAUGUCACACAGCAGUAUUACAAUUCCCUUCUCAUUUCACACUGCAAUGAUGUGAAGUUGCUGAGAACCUAAAAUCAUGCUUUGAUUUCGCUUAAUGCAUCUUUAAAGAACUAUCGGAAAGGAGCAUGAAAAAUGUACAGAUGUUUAUAUUAUAUUCUUUAAGUGCCCAUUUUUGUGGUGUAAUUGGAUAUUACAGUCAUUCAUGUCCAGAGAGGAAAGGAUUUUCAUGCGGUUCAAGGCAGAAAUUGCAUCACAUUGUACAAAGUAUUCAAAAAUCGGUUUGGUUUCUGAUGUUUUUUGUUCAGUCUCCUAGGUUGCUGUUGAAAUGUAGUAAUGCAGAUUAUUACGCCGCUGUCUUUUAAAGGACCGAGAAAAAAAACUAACCUACACAUGUGGUCAGGUAGGGGUGUUGUUAUUCCUUUAUCUCCAAGUGGAGACCACUUUCAACCCCGACUCUUUCUCUCUCUCAGUUGUGGGAGGAUAGAGGGGGACCUCCGCUACAGGAUGUAACUCAUGUGUCAGCUAUAGGCAAAUGGCAUGUGCCUGCAUUGAAGUCUGAAUUUCUUUGUGAUGUGACUUUAUAAAGCUUGCAUAUUUCACACAGUGUUUACAAAGACUUAUGUGAUACAAUAAAGAUUAAAAAGUACAUGUAUUAUUAAACUUUUGAUUUCAGAGAAAAGUAACAUAAUAAUAGACCAAGUUAACGUCCUCCAUGUCGACGUAUAUCCUCAGAACUGUGUGCUUUUCAUUAGAUUAUUAAUCUCUGACUGUCUAUUCCUGACUGCAUUUUGCAGUUCACAACCAAAGGAUGUGGUGUUGUAUUUAUAUACAUGUGAAAUGAGUCUAGGGGGUUGUUUUGUGGAUGUACAGAACAUCAUACUGUACAUUCAACAAACAAGGAGCUAACUGUGCUGUGAAAGAAACGCAAGAAAAUGGGUCAGACAUUGAAUCGAAGGGGCAAGACCUAUCUGUAGAUAUCACUGAUUCAAACUCUUCAAAAUAAAGUAACUGUUCUUCUCAGUAGCAAAUGUGUUUGUAACUAUCAUGUGCCUUAACCUUUUCCAUGGUAGACAAGAUAACAAUGUGUUUUAUAUGACUCUUUAUUCCCUCCCUGUCCCUUUCUCUGUUCACCUCUCUCCUUCCCUUGUUUCACACACUCACACAUUCACUCACUGUCCCCUGUGUAGUCUAGACUGUUGGUGGGGUUAUGCCUUGUAUUACAUUGUAUUAUAAACUUUUAAAAGAUAGACACAUAAAAAAAGUAUUUGAUUUCAUAGAAGAGUAAGUUGUUAAUGCUUUCGUAGCUAUCAGAUCGAUGCCACAGUGACAGAAUGUAUUAUGUUAAUUUUACUAAUACCCACGCUUGUUCAAAUAACAGAAAAAAUACUGAUUUGUAGAGUAUCACUUUGGUGUGUUUUCAAUAAACCAUGCCUGGAAAGAACA